CGUCCAGGUGUAGUCCCGAUCCGUCGACCAAGUGGUGUUUUAGUCCACAUUGACUGUGUUAAGACACUGUCCCAAUGGCUUCUUCUUUGCAGACUUCGAACCAUACUUUGCUAUCUUUCUCUGUAGCAAGCUGACCUUGCAGUCAUUUCUGUUGCUGUUAUUGCAACAAAACAAAGAGCUUUGUUUUGUUAGCUCAACAAAGACAAUGAUUAUCUGAAAAAUCCAUGUUCUUCUAAUGUUUUAUUUUUUAGAGAUUUGUUUUCUUAGAAUAUAUUACAAUGAUCUAACUUAUAAAAACAUUCAUCCAAACAAAUAAGCUUCAUGUUCACCUCAUUAAGUUGCUAAACAGACUAAACAAAUGAACAUUCUCGGUUUCAGAAACCAUAUAAGAUAAUGAGAUUCUAUCUAAUCAUAUAUAGCUAACAUUUUCAAACUAUUUUGUAUGUCAUUAUUAUGUUUUUAAUACUACACCCUCAUUUCUUUUGUCCUGGAAACUAAACAUGGAUUCAUAGAACUGAUUCUUUCUCGCAGUUUAUAGAAGUGUGUGAAUAUAAAUACUUCCAAAUGUCUCUUGUUAGACAACUUAUGUUUUUACCUUAUAUCUACUUUUAAUCUUAAUUUGAUUAUUUACCAAUUAUGCUUAUCUAUUUCAUUUUCUUCCUCCUUCAGUGGUGUAUGUUUACCAUCAUAUUUAUGGAAAACAAUGUUAACUCUGCUUAUGAUGAUGACAAUGAAGAUGAUGUAAACUCAUCAACCGCAAAAUUCUUCUAGUAGUGUUCUUUUUCAGGAUGAUAAACAAUAUUCUCAUGAUGAUAAAGAACCUUUUCAGAAUGAUGAUUAUUUUGAUCUGAAAUCCAAAAUUCAUGAAUUUGUCUUCUGUUUUAAGACCUCUUCGUCUUAGAGAGUUUUUGAAAAUAACAAACCUUAUAAUCAUAGAAGAUUAAAUCCAAUAAACCCGUCCGGUAGAGCAUGAGAUCGUCUAAAUAAGGUUUUGGCGCUUAAUUAUAAUUCUUUUAUUUCUUUCUCAACAUUAUUUGUGCAGAUUAUUUACGUUUAAAUAAUAAACAAAACUAUUGUUUAUGUUAAGUAUAGGGAUAUUAUAAAGAAAUUAAUUGAAAUACACUAAGUUGAAUACCAUUUUCAGAAAUAUAUUCAAUCAAAAAUAUUAUAACAUUCAGAUUUAGAGUUUAAUGCUAAUUGUUUUGGUUUUAGUAUUUAGGAGGUGUGGUUAGGUUUAUAAACUUCUAUAAAUAAUUCUUAAACAUGUAUAAAUAAUUUAAUAGAUUUAAUUUAAUCUUUUUCAUAAGAAUAAUCUUAAUUACUGAAGUAUUUAUGAAAAUAGUUAUCAUUUAAAAGUAAAUUUAAAAAAUAGUAUCAAAUUUGAAAUAAAGUUAGAAUUUCCCCGAAAUUAUAUUGCAAAAUGCAUUUAUAAUUUAUAUGUUAUUAUUUUUUUCGAAAAUUUUAAGCAUGCAUUAAGUAGCAAUACAUUUAACACAGUAACAACAAUACGAAAUAACAACAUAUGUAAAACAGGAACAACAAUACGGAAUAACAAUGCAAAAUGCUAUAGUUUUUUUUUGAGAUAAGUUUUUUUGUCCGAAAAGGUAACUCAUCACUGUCUGUUAAAGCUUAUAGUUAGAACAUACUAAAACACACACAUAAUCAUUAGACUAACCUUUGUCUGAACAUGUAUUGGACAAGGUUGUAGCAUCUUCAGCAAAGACCCUUCUGACCACACGCCUAUAUAGCGCAACACAUUGGUUGUGGUCAAGCAUCAACGGUUAAAAUUUUAGGUGUGAACUGAUUUGACACAUUAAUUUUAAUAUAUUUAUUACCUAAAUUAUGUAUAUAAAUUAAUUUAAAUUAAAAAAAAAUAUCGUUAACAAUACGUUGAUGACUAUUAUUUAUUCAUCUAAACUUAUUUUCAUCCAAUUUUUGUUGGGUAAAACGUUCUAUUUUCCCUCUAGAAGUAUCAUAUAAUUAACAAUUUUACACAAAGUUUUAACAUCGUUUCAAUUCCACAUAUUUUAAAUUAUCAGACUUAUUACUCCCCAAUUAAAAAGAUCAAAACCCAAACCUCCAUAAUGUAUUAGAUAAAAACUAAAACCGACACAUAGCCGAUUUAAAUCGGUUUAAUGUUUUUGGAUUUGAAACUUUACCCAAUUUAAACCUAAUUAAACCAAAACAAACCAAUUUAAUAAGAACAAACCAAAAUUGACCCGACUUAUGACAACCCAACUCAACCUAAUCUUCUUCUUCAUGACCAUUACUGCUUCAUCUUUCUUAAUUUAAAAAAUAUAACCAAUGUCAAAGGUGUGGCUCCGUCGGAGCUAAGGAAUCUGACUAACCUCGUCGAGCUGCACUCUCUUCGACAACAAACUUGGCGGAGAGAUUCUAAAUAGUGUCUUAAUGGCAGCUUGGCAAUUGCUCAAGCAGCUAGUCAGAGACAAGGAAAAAGCUUCUUUAAUCAUGAACACACAACAAUAUGUAUAAUCACUUCUUUGAUUUUAGUCGUUAAUCUUAAAACUUCAGCCUUUUCUAUGUUUCAGUUAAUAUUAUGGCUAAUCUAUUAUACUAUGUUUCUCUGGUUUCAAUUUCUGCCAUUAAAGACACUUUUGGUGAAGCAAAAAUAGUUGAACAACUAAAAGUAACAACUUAAAAAUACUGAAACUAUAAAAGAGCAUGCUUUGAGUGAGCUCAUGUGGGAGAUGCUUGUUGUUGUCUCUUGCCUCUCCAAAAUUUAGAUCCUUUUGAAUCAGCAAACCUUUUCUGUGACAGCUCGUGUGGAAGGAACUAAACAAUUCAUAGCUGUGAUGUUCUUGAGCUCAUCAAAGAACAUAGUAACGCAGUCAUCAGUUUGAGUGUGAAGCCAAGAACACAGUAAAGGUUUGAUUCCUCACGAAGCUUCUUUUUCUCUCUAACUACUUGUCUGGAUUGUUUCUGAAAUUAAUCAAGAGAUGGAGGGUGAAGAAUAAUGGGUUGGGUCGGGUUGCCACCAAUCGGAUGUCUGGUCAGGUUUGUAUUGGUUCGGUUUAAGUGUUUUAAAUCUAGUUUAUAGUGUAAACCACUAAAUUAAUGAAGAACCGUGGUCUAUGUGGAUUCGAGUUUCGAUCUUUUUAAUUGGAGAGUAAUAAGUCGGAUAAAUUAAAAUAUAGGUGGAACUGAAACGAUGUUAAAACUUUGUGUGGAAUUGUUACUAUAAAAGACUCUCUCUCUCUCAACUGAACCGGAAUCUUUAAACCGAACACGGAUAGAUUCACCUAAACACGCGCGCCUUUUUAAAAAUUCGUUAGUUCGUUACAUUGACCGUUCUCUCUCUCUAUAUGUUCAGAGAAACGAAACUAGCGAGAGAGCAAAGAACGAGAAGUAAUCGAGAAGGAAAAGCAAGAAGAACAUGAUGAUGCAAGAACGUAAGACUCUGAGCAUGAACGACAUUGAUCUCUCACUCCUCCGCCUCUCAUCCCCACCUUAUGAUGACUCCUUCUUCUCCCCUGGUUCCGACGAGUCCGAUCAUCCCAAACGAAGGAGACUCUCCUCUCAAGACCCAAUCUUUAUCUCCUCUCCCCUUCGCUCCACCCACCCUGAACCCCAUUCCUCCAACAUCGACGACCAGAUUCUCACCGCGAGCCAUGUUUUGACGAAGCAAGAAACGUCGUCGUCUGCUUCCAAGAAUCCUGAUACAGAGACGAUGAAGAUGGUUAACAAUCACGUGGAGGAGAUCAAUCAAGAAGAGACUAACUAUGAUGCUUACGAGGAAGAAGAAGAAGAUUGUGGAGAAGGGAUGAGGAUAGAGAGAUCUGGAGAUGGGUUUGUAAUUAGAUUGAAGUGUAGAUGCAAGCUAGCUUUUAGAAUUCUUUUCUCUGAUCACCACCUCUACUUCAAGUCUCUGUGAUUCAGUUAGUACUAUCUUCUUACUCUCUGAUUUGUUGUAACACUUUUUACUUUUUAAAAUUUUUCAAAGUAAUGUUUAGAGCAAGUCACAAAAUAAGCAAGUUAACUGCAAUGCCUGCGAGUGAUAAGAAUGAGUCAUGGAACUGUCUUAUUACAUCUCUUUGUUGACUUGUGUUAUCCUCUAACAUGAGUUCCUUGUUUUAUUUUUAGAUAGUAAACACUAAACAGAUACAAUCCUGUGAUAUUUGCAAUAACGCAAAAACAAAAGUUACAAACAGAAUGAAACAUCCCAAAAAGUGAAAGGCAAUUGGUGCUAAAACCAUCAGUGCCUUAUUUAUGUAAACUGUAAACUAGAGAACAGAAUGUCAUAUGUAGCAUUGGACUCUCAUCCAGAAACAUUCUCCUAUAGUCGCCACAACGAUACUAAGAUGAGCAAGAAAC